GAAGAAAUCAUUCCUAUUUUCAGCUCUGUAUGCUGCCUUUAUAUUUGGUGGUCGGCACCUAAUGAACAAACGAGCAAAAUUUGAACUGAGGAAACCACUAGUGCUCUGGUCCCUGAGCCUUGCCGUCUUCAGUAUAUUCGGUGCUGUUCGAACUGGUGCUUAUAUGCUGUACAUUUUGAUGACCAAAGGCCUGAAGCAGUCAGUGUGUGACCAGAGUUUUUACAUUGGACCUGUCAGCAAAUUCUGGGCAUAUGCAUUUGUGCUAAGCAAAGCACCUGAACUAGGUGAUACAAUAUUCAUUAUUCUUAGGAAACAGAAGCUCAUCUUCUUACACUGGUACCAUCACAUUACUGUGUUACUUUAUUCUUGGUAUUCCUACAAGGACAUGGUGGCUGGCGGUGGCUGGUUCAUGACCAUGAACUAUGGAGUGCACGCCGUUAUGUACUCUUACUAUGCCUUGCGGGCUGCUGGCUUCAGAGUCUCACGCAAGUUUGCCAUGUUCAUCACCUUGUCGCAGAUCACUCAGAUGUUGAUCGGUUGCGUGAUCAAUUACCUGGUCUUCUCCUGGAUGCAGCAUGGCCAGUGCCAUUCCCACGUGCAGAACAUCAUCUGGUCCUCUCUCAUGUACCUCAGCUACUUUGUGCUCUUCUGCCAUUUUUUCUUUGAGGCCUAUAUCGGCAAAACCAGAAAAGAAAGGAAGGUUGACUAGUGGUAGAAACGAGACAGAAGCCAUAGCUCAGGGUCAUCAAGAAAAACAAAAUCAUAAGAAAAGAAAAUGGCACAAGGAAACACAUACAUGUACGGUGCAGCUAAAACUUGGCAGCUUAGGGAAAGUUAGCUUGGUUUAACCCAGUAAGUUUAUGAUCCUAUCAUGGUGAGGACUCACUGAAUUCUACUCUAUCUCAAAGGACUGCUCAUGAAAGACAACUUCCUUCUUGUACCUGUCUGCUCUAGAAAAGAAAGGAGAAAAGAAAGAAGAGAAAAAA